AUGGAGAUCCAGAGCGAGAGGCUCAGACAAGUGGAGGGCAUUGCGGCGGCAUUGGCUUGCUCCCUGACAGACACGGCAGUGAUUGCCGGCAACCAGCAGCUGCAGUUUUGGGACUGGCCUUACUUUUUCAUCACCGGAAGCGCGGCGUUGCUUGCAGUUCUUGGCAACAUUUCGUAUCAGCGGUGGCGUGGCCUUGCGAAACCUCCUGAUAUGCGGUUGGUCAUGCUGCGUGGCUUGUGCGGCAGCGGGAAUGGCUUCUUGAGCAUUUGCGCGGUGCUGGCCGGCGCCUACGUGGGUUCGAUCGCCGCCUUCCGCAGCGUGAACUCCAUCGUGGCCUCGCUGGGAACCGUGGCCAUGGGGGAGGACUUCGGACGGAUGCACCUGGUGUCUGUGACCUUAUUCGUCGCGGGCGCCAUUCUGACUGCAGACCCCGAAGAAGUCGUGGCCACCAUGGGGUCGUCCUUGCUUGGCAAUGGCCUGGCUCUGUGUAGCGGCAUCUGCGCCGGUGGUUCCGCCCUCGUUGGCAGGUUCGUCCAGGACGUCAAUCCUUCGUUUUUGUGUACCGCCAACUUGUUCCACAUGUGGAUCUUCAGUUGGACGCUUCACUUCAUGGUCAGAGUGCCCAGUGGAAGCUUUCAAUCCAUGGAAGGCGUGCGCCCUGAAAGUGUGCUGCUUCUGUUUGGCCUUCCAGCGCUUCUGCAUUGCGACACAAUUUUUGGUGCCAUUGCGUCUCAAAAAUGCUCGGCCGCUGUUGUCACCACCGUGAUCACUGCCUGCGGCAUGCUGGCGGGCUUUUGCCUGGACUAUCUGCUGCUGCAGCCACGUGAAGCUGCUGACCAUGCUGGGCGCCCUUCUGAUCUUCCUGGCUGUGCUGACCAUGCUGCUGGCAGUGGGCAAUGCCGCGCCCAAGGCCCAUGCCAAGGACAAGGAGACAUCUAA